ACCCCCAUCAACUAUCUCCAUCGAUCUCCAUGGCUAAUCCUCUUUUCCUCUCUCUCUCUCUCUGCCUACUCUUUCUCUUCAAUGGCUGCCUAGCUCAAACAAGGCAGCAGGGCCGACAGUUUGGCCAGUGCCAGCUCGACAGGCUCGAUGCUCUUGAACCCACAAACCGCAUUGACGCUGAAGCCGGUUCGAUCGAGGCCUGGGACCCCAACAACCAGCAAUUCCGGUGCGCCGGGGUUGCCGUCGUUCGGAGUACCAUUGAACCCAGAGGCCUUCUCUUGCCUCAUUACCACAAUGCCCCUCAGCUCACUUACAUUGUCAGAGGUAGGGGUUUCCAAGGGACCAUACUUCCUGGUUGCCCGGAGACAUUCCAAGAAUCUAUGCAACAAUCUCAGCAACAACAACAAGAAGGACAAAGCGAGAGCUUCCAACAAGACCGACACCAGAAGAUCCAACACUUCCGAGAGGGUGACAUCAUUGCAUUGCCGGCCGGAGUAGCUCACUGGGCCUACAACGACGGCGAUUCCCCAGUUGUUGCAGUCUCUCUCCUUGACAUCGGCAACAGUGACAACGAGCUUGAUGAGCAGCCUAGAAGCUUCUUCCUUGCUGGGAAUCCAGAGGACGAAUUUCGGCAACAAGGUCAGCCGCGCCGCCAACAACAGCGGCGUCCUGGCCAGCGUGGAGAGGAAGGCCAGCAACAGCAGGGAGAAGGAAACAACGUAUUCAGUGGCUUCGAUGCCGAGUUUUUGGCGGACGCUUUCAACGUGGAUGAAGACACAGCCAGAAAGCUUCAAGGAAACAAUGACAACAGGAGGCACAUAGUGAGAGUGGAAGGCGACCUCCAGGUGCUCAGGCCACAAAGGUCACGUGAGCAAUGGGAGCGAGAGGAGAGUCAAGAGAGGGAAAGUGAGCGAGAGCGGGAACGCCAGCGUCAGCGGGAAGGACGUGGACGCGAGAUUAAUGGCUUUGAGGAGACAAUAUGCAGCUUGAGGCUCAGGGAGAACAUCGGCAGCCGUUCACGCGCCGACAUUUACACCGAACAAGUCGGUCGCAUCAACACCGUCAACAGCAAUACCCUCCCAGUCCUCCGCUGGCUCCAGCUCAGCGCUGAAAGAGGAGACUUGAACAGGGAUGCUCUUUAUGUACCGCACUGGAACCAGAAUGCCCACAGCGUGGUGUAUGCCAUAAGGGGUCGUGCUCGGGUUCAGGUGGUCGACGACAAUGGUAAUACCGUAUUCGACGAUGAACUUCGACAGGGUCAGGUGUUGACCAUCCCCCAGAACUUCGUGGUGGCGAAACGGGCUGAGAGCGAGGGUUUCGAGUGGGUGGCCUUCAAGACCAACGACAACGCCCAAAUUAAUACUCUCGCCGGACGAACCUCGGCCCUCAGGGCCUUGCCGGACUAUGUCCUUGCCAAUGCGUUCCAGAUUUCGAGGGAGGAAGCCAGGAAGCUGAAAUACAACAGGCAGGAGACCACCUUGGGUCGCUCAAGCAGGUCUUCCUCUGAGAGGAGGACGAGGUCUGAGUCUGAGGGGAGGAGGGGUGAAGCAUAAAAGAAAAAUGGCAUGUAAUGAAUAUCUGAUGCGGCAGCGGCACGUAGUUUUGGUUUUUGGUUAAUUUAUAGGUAGGCUAGACAAUAAAAUGCAUGGCCGCGCUAGCUAUAUAUAAAUAAUAAUGUAUCUUAAUUAGUUAUCAAGAGUUUCUAGCUACCCAACUCAAUAAGCGUACUGCGUGUAUCUUUGUGAGCUUCCUAGUAAUUUAAUAAAACUACUCUGCGGUUUUGGUUCUUA